AGAGUAGAGGCGGGAGGGAGGAGGAGAGAGGCAGUUACACACGCCUUCCAGUCUCUCCACUCAGAGCAGCCCGGAGACCGCUGCCACCACCGCUGCUACUGCUACCGCCGCUUUCGCUGCUGCCAGUGCUGCCACCUGAGGAGACCCGCCGCCCGCCCCCCGCCCCCGUCGCCGCCUGGGGCGAUUCCUUCUCAGCACCGAGCUUUUUAUACACACUACAACUAUCAACAUUAUUAUUUCAAGAGAAGAAAACUAACAGAAGAUACCAGCCCAAAAGAACCACGUACACCUUUCCGUAUCACUCAAGUGUCUCCGAGGAAGCCGAGGGUCGCCGGUCCUGGGAGGAGCAGCCGAAGGGACCGAGGGCGGGUGCUGAGGGGGAGGGCGGAGGAGUUGCGGGGAUUGCGUGGUGGAAAGUUGCGAGUGGCAGAGAUCUGAAGGCGCAACGCCGCCACAGCCCAGGGGACAGUGUGUCUGGGGAAAACCGCUGCCCCCUGCGUCCGGACCCACGAGUGCGGGGCACGGUGGGGCCCGGGACGUCGCCCCCUCCUGCGGCGUGGACUCUGUCAGUGGCUUUCGAGAAGGAGGAGGAAUAUGGCAUCCAAGGCGUCCCCCUCCAGCCGUCUGGUUUUCUGCCUCUUGAUCUCUGCUGCGAUCCUCAGGCCAGGCCUUGGAUGGUAUACUGUAAAUUCAGCAUAUGGAGAUACCAUUAUCAUGCCUUGCCGACUCGAUGUACCUCAGAACCUCAUGUUUGGCAAAUGGAAAUAUGAAAAGCCUGAUGGCUCCCCAGUAUUUAUUGCCUUCAGGUCCUCUACAAAGAAAAGUGUGCAGUAUGAUGAUGUACCAGAAUACAAAGACAGAUUGAGCCUCUCAGAAAACUACACCUUGUCUAUCAGCAAUGCAAAGAUCAGUGAUGAAAAGAGAUUUGUGUGCAUGCUGGUGACUGAGGACAACGUGUUUGAGGCACCUACAGUAGUCAAGGUGUUCAAGCAACCAUCUAAACCUGAAAUUGUAAGCAAAGCACCAUUUCUGGAAACAGAGCAGCUUAAAAAGUUGGGAAACUGCAUUUCAAAAGACAGUUACCCAGAUGGAAACAUCACAUGGUACAGAAAUGGAAAAGUGCUACAACCCCUUGAAGGAGCGGUGGUUAUAAUUUUUAAAAAGGAGAUGGAUCCAGUUACUCAGUUGUAUACCAUGACUUCAUCUUUGGAAUAUAAGACAAGCAAGGCUGAUGUACAAAUGCCAUUCACCUGUUCUGUGACAUAUUAUGAACCAUCUGGCCAGAAAACCAUCCAUUCUGAACAGGCAAUCUUUGAUAUUUAUUAUCCUACAGAGCAGGUGACAAUACAAGUGUUGCCACCAAAAACUGCCAUCAAAGAAGGGGACAACAUCACUCUUAAGUGCAUGGGGAAUGGCAAUCCUCCUCCCGAGGAGUUUUUGUUUUACUUACCAGGACAACCUGAAGGAAUAAGAAGCUCAAACACAUACACUUUGACAGAUGUGAGGCGCAAUGCGACAGGAGACUACAGAUGCUCCCUGAUCGACAAAAAAAGCAUGACUGCUUCCACGGCCAUCACAGUCCACUAUUUGGAUUUAUCCUUAAACCCAAGUGGGGAAGUGACCAAGCAGCUUGGUGAUGCGCUGCCUGUGUCGUGCACAAUAUCUGCUAGUAGGAAUGCAACUGUGGUUUGGAUGAAAGAUAACAUCAGGCUCCGUUCAAGUCCAUCAUUUUCUAGUCUUCAUUAUCAGGAUGCUGGAAACUAUGUCUGUGAAACUGCUCUGCAAGAGGUUGAAGGAUUGAAGAAAAGAGAGUCACUAACACUCAUUGUAGAAGGAAAACCUCAAAUCAAAAUGACAAAGAAAACAGAUCCCAGUGGACUAUCUAAAACAAUAAUCUGCCAUGUGGAAGGUUUUCCAAAGCCAGCUAUACAGUGGACAAUUACAGGCACUGGAAGCGUCAUAAACCAAACAGAGGAGUCUCCUUAUAUCAAUGGCAGGUAUUAUAGUAAAAUUAUCAUUUCCCCUGAAGAGAAUGUUACAUUAACUUGCACAGCAGAAAACCAGCUGGAAAGAACAGUAAACUCCUUGAAUGUCUCUGCUAUAAGUAUUCCAGAACACGAUGAGGCAGACGAGAUAAGUGAUGAAAACAGAGAAAAGGUGAAUGACCAGGCAAAGCUAAUCGUUGGAAUUGUUGUUGGUCUCCUCCUUGCUGCCCUUGUUGCUGGUGUUGUCUAUUGGCUGUACAUGAAAAAAUCAAAGACUGCAUCAAAACAUGUAAACAAGGACCUUGGUAAUAUGGAGGAAAACAAAAAGUUAGAAGAAAACAAUCACAAAACAGAAGCCUAAGAGAGAAACGGUUCUAGUUGUCCAG